CAACUCUGACCACCAUCAAUUACAAUCUCAACCACCAUCACUGCCUACACAACCAACACUGACCACCAUUAAUCUUCACCACCAACCCCAUUACUCAUUCAUCCUACACCAUAAAUCCCUUUACUUCCUAUAUUAGUCCCCUAUGCACCAAAGGCAUCCUACACCAUUACAUUACUUCCCUUCUUCCCUUGUUGCAGGAAAUAACCAAAAGAAAUGGAACAAGAUCCACCAUCAACCUUCAUCCGCCCUUGCAAACGCCAAGACAACCUUGCCUCCAGCUCUCGUCCUCUCAUUCCCGGCCCAGCUGGCGCCGUCCAGGCCGCCAUGAUUCACCGCAGAUCCACCGACAACAAACCAAACAUUUCAACCCAACAAUUCGUUAGGCAAGUCCUCCAAGACGGCCACGACACCGAUCCCGAUUUCCAAUCCAAUGCUUGGCUUUCAGCCCUGCAAUUAAACGGAUCUGCCACUCCUCUGGGCGCAAUCACUCACCAUCAUGAAAGAGUAGAUCACGUCAUCGGUGUUAUCAAAUCCUGCAAUCCCAAUGGGUUUGGAGAUGCAACAGUUACACUCAAGGACCCUACGGGCACUGUUGGCGCUAGUAUCCAUCACAAGGUCUUCACUGAAAGCGUAUUUGCGAAAGACAUAACUGUUGGAUCUGUUCUGCUUCUCCAAAAGGUCGCUGUGUUCUCUCCUAGAAAGUCUAAUUGUUAUCUGAAUAUAACCUUGUCCAAUGUAGUCAAGGUAUGAUAAUCUUCUUCCACAUCUAAAAUAAAGCAUUUGAAUCUUUUCCACA